AAAGGAAAGAGAUUAAGGAAAAAAGUGUGUUUGAAGAAUUGGAAGGUUCAGAGAAACAGCAAAUAUGUGUAUGGGUGGCUGUGAGCACGUGUGUGUACCCAUGUGUGUAUAGUAUGUGUGAAUUUGCACACACAUGGGUGUGUGAAUCCUAUGGAGGCAUUUGUGUGUGGGUGCGUACGCCUGCAUGUGCACACGGGGGCCUGUGUGUGCCUGGCCUGCGCGUGGCUCUGUGUGGCAUGUUGGGGUGACUGUAUGCAGUGUGUUUGUGUGUGUGUGUAUGUGUGUGUGUGUGCUGCAGGCAGGAGAAGCAGCUUUGACUCAGCCAGUGGCAGAGCAGUUAGUACAUAACUAAUAGUGAGAAAGGGAGCUAGGGAGAGACGCAACCGACCUUAUUAACAAAAGCUCAGUUUUGUCCCUGCGGACCCAACCAGCAGAAGGGACUGGACGAGCUGUGGCUCUCUGCCAGGGAGGUCGGGCUCUCUGCAAACAGUUGCAGGCAUCCUUUAUCAUGCCCUUCACAGAGGGAGUCCUGAGGCUUGGCUAUCGGGAAGUUUUCAGAGCCGCAGCAGCAGCAGCAGCAGCAGCCUUGGAGAAGACCAGCAAAGAGAGUGGAGUGUGAUUAGACAGCCACGGGCUUCUUGUUAAUCUCGCCGGCGUUGUCAGAAGUGAUCAGCGAGUUUUAUUAAAGUCCUCAGAUUGCCUGAAAGGCCUCCUUGUCUGAGUUUGAACUGAAAGGGGCAUGUUAAGAUCUUGGGGCAUAUUGUUGGGACCCCUUGUCCUGCCCUUUAGACUGUGAGGUGGCAUCCCCAGAGGAAGCACAGAAAUCCUCCUUCAUUGUACGGAUUUCAUCGCUGGACUGAUACGAGUGGCCGGCCCUUGCCAGCAUGCCCUCUCUGCAUUGGGGUGGACCAUCUGUCCCGCUGAUGCUGCUUCUCUUGGGCUGGGCCAGCCCCACCUUCAUCAGCAUUAACCGUGGGAUCAAUGUGAUGAAGGGCAGUUCUGCUUUCCUGUCCGGAGAUGACCUGAAGUUUGCCAUUCCCAAAGAGAAAGAUGCUUGCAAGGUGGAAGUGGUGAUGAAUGAGCCAAUAACGCAGAGGGUUGGCACACUUACACCACAGGUAUUUGACUGCCAUUUCCUUCCCAAUGAAGUAAAGUAUGUUCACAAUGGUUGCCCAAUUCUCGAUGAAGACACUGUGAAACUUAGACUUUACAGAUUUACUGAGACAGACACCUUCAUAGAAAACUUUAUCCUGCGGGUCUACCUCCUGGAACCAGACUGUAACAUCAUUCGUAUGAGUAACAAUGUACUGGAGGUGUCUGAAUUCUAUGGCCUGUCCCGCACCAUUGAUAAGAACCUGCUCAGAUUUGAUUAUGAUAGGACAGCCAGCCUGGAAUGCACAGUCAGGCUGGACCCUGUGGGAACUCGGCUGCCAGCUCAUGGCCAGAUGGUUCUGGUGGAGCCUCGGCCAGAAGAACCUCGUGGAGAUCAGCCACAUAGUUUUUUUCCUGAGCCUCAAUUGGGGACAGAAUUGAAGUGUCCAGGUGGAAGCUGUGCCCUGGGACUGAGGAAAAUAGGAAGUCUCAAAGUGAGCUGUGAGGAGUUCCUGCUGAUGGGGCUUCGCUAUCAACAUAUGAGUCCUCCUUCUCCCAAUGUUGACUAUAUCUCCAUCCGACUGGAUCUCACAGAUAGCAGAAGUAAAAUCAUAUACAAGUCAGAAAGCGCGUGGUUGCCUGUCUACAUCAGAGCUGGCAUUACUAAUCAGAUUCCAAGAGCUGCGUUCAUGGCCAUGUUUAUUCUGGAAGUGGAUCAGUUUAUCCUGACCUCGUUGACGACCUCAGUUCUGGACUGUGAAGUGGAUGAGACCCCCAAGCCCCUGUUGGUGUUCAACAUCACCAAACCCCCGCUCCAGGGUUACGUGACUCACUUGUUGGAUCACACCAGACCAGUCUCCUCAUUCACCUGGCAAGAUCUAAGUGACAUGCAGAUUGCCUACCAGCCACCAAACAGCAGCCACUCUGAGAGGAGACAUUACGAGGUGGAGCUGGAGGUGUAUGACUUCUUCUUUGAAAGGAGCGCACCUAUCACAGUCCACAUCUCCAUCAGAACAGCUGAUACAGAUGCCCCUCGGGUGUCCUGGAACACAGGUCUGAAUCUGCUGGAGGGACAGUCUCGACCCAUCACUUGGGAACACUUCCAGAUUGUUGACAAUGAUAAUAUUCGUGCUGUCCAGUUAGUUACCGUGGAUGGCUUGCAGCAUGGACGGCUUACACUAGGAGGGGGUAAAGGAUUUCUCUUCACUGUGGCUGACCUUCAGGCUGGAAUUAUUCGCUAUCAUCAUGAUGACAGUGACUCCACUAAAGAUUUUGUGGUCUUCAGAAUAUUUGAUGGCCAUCACAGCAUCCGCCAUAAGUUUCCCAUCAAUAUAUUGCCCAAAGAUGACAGUCCCCCAUUCCUCAUAACCAAUGUUGUGAUUGAAUUGGAGGAGGGGCAGACCGUACUGAUUCAGGGAUCCAUGCUAAGAGCUUCAGACAUGGACUCUAGUGAUGACUACAUCUUCUUUAAUAUCACAAAACCUCCGCAGGCUGGAGAGAUCAUGAAAAAGCCAGGUCCGGGCCAGAUAGGCUAUCCUGUCCCUGGCUUCCUUCAGAGGGAUCUAUUUAAUGGCAUUAUUUACUAUCGUCACUUUGGUGGAGAAAUCUUUGAAGAUUCUUUUGAAUUUGUCCUAUGGGAUAGUCAUGAACCUCCAAAUCUCUCAGCACCACAGGUGGUGACAAUCCAUAUCACUCCAGUGAAUGACCAGCUUCCAAAAGAGGCUCCUGGAGUUUCUCGACAUUUGGUUGUCAAGGAAACUGAGGUGGCCUACAUAACUAAGAAACACUUACAUUUUAUAGAUACAGAAUCAUAUGAUGGGGAGCUGCUCUACACAAUAACAACUCCUCCAUUUUUCAACUCCAGUCACAGACACUUGGAUGCUGGGAAAUUAUUCAUGGUGGACAGCAUACCAAAGCUAACCAAAAAUCCUACAGCUGUAGGGCUGACGUCAUUCACUCAGGAUGCUGUAAACUAUAUGAAAGUGGCCUACAUGCCUCCCAUGGAAGAUAUAGGUCCCCAUCUACGACAUGUUCAGUUCACAUUUUCCAUCACUAACCAGCAUGGGGGCACUUUGUAUGGGAUCUGCUUCAACAUUGUGAUUCUUCCAGUGGACAAUCAAGUUCCUGAGGUAUAUACCAGCCCUCUGAGAGUGUUUGAGGGAGGUCAAAGUGUCAUCAGCACAGAGCAUGUUCUGGUUUCUGAUGUGGAUACAAAACUGGACAACAUUCACUUCUCCCUGCAGAGACUGCCUCCAUAUGGAAGGGUGGAGCUGAAUGGAUUUCCUCUAAACACAGGGGAUACAUUUUCUUGGGGAGAGCUUCAUACCUUAAAAGUUAGAUAUCAGCAUGAUGGAUCAGAGGAACUUCAGGAUGACAUACUCUUGGAGGUUACAGAUGGCACAAAUUCAGCAGAAUGUGUUCUACAUAUUGAGGUAUUCCCUGUAAAUGAUGAGCCACCAGUGCUUAAGGCUGACCUCAUCCCCAUGAUGCAUUGCUUAGAAGGCGAAGAAGUAGUCAUAUCUUCUGAAUAUAUUUUUGCUACUGAUAUGGACAGUGAUGACUUGAAACUGAUGUUUACAAUAGUUCAAGAACCUCAGCAUGGGGUAGUGAGAAAAGCUGGUGUCCCGGUGGAUCAAUUCUCUCAAGGAGAUGUUAUCUCAGGGAUGGUGACUUACAAGCACACAGGUGAUGAGAUUGGCAUGGUGCCAUGUUUUGACACCAUUACAUUGGUGGUUUCGGAUGGAGAAGCUGGCCCUUUUGUGAAUAGCUGUUGCUACAAUGGACCACUUCCAUCUGUUCCUCUUCAUGAGUCCUUUCCAGUGUAUGAUCUCAACAUCACAGUACAUCCAGUGGACAACCAACCACCUUCAAUCACAAUAGGUACCAUGUUCGUUGUAGAUGAGGGUUUCUCAGCAGCCCUUACCAUUAACCAUUUGUCUGCCACUGACCCUGACACUGCAGCCGAUGACUUGGAAUUUGUUUUGGUUUCACCUCCCCAGUUCGGUUACAUGGAAAACAUACUCCCUUCUGUGGGUUUUGAAAAAAGCAAUAUGGGCAUCAGUAUAGCUUCAUUUAAGUGGAAAGACAUGAAGGCUUUGCAUAUUAACUAUGUGCAGUCGAGGCAUCUGUGGAUGGAACCAACUGCUGACCAGUUCAUGAUGUAUGUCACAGAUGGGAAGCGACGGUCCUUGGAGAUACCGUUUCAUGUUAUAAUCAAACCCACAAAUGAUGAAGUUCCUGACUUUGUGGUGCAGAAUAUUACUGUGUGUGAGGGUGGGAUGAAAGAACUGGAUUCUUCCACCAUCAAAGCUUCUGACCAGGACAUUCCCGAGGACCCCUUGCUAUUCAGCAUCACACAUAAACCUCGUCAUGGCCUCCUCAUCAGCGGGUUGGUUAGCAAAGACUCUCCUCUGUAUAAGCAGUCAGCCAGCCCCCGCCAUGAGCAAGAACUUGUUCACAACUUUUCCAUGGACCUUCUCAAGAAUGGGAUGAGGUUGAUGUAUGUGCAUGAUGACUCAGAAAACCUUAUUGAUGACUUUACCAUCCAGUUGUCAGAUGGGAAACAUGAGAUUCUUAAAACCAUUGCAGUAGAGGUCACCCCAGUUAAUGAUGAGAAACCAAUGCUGAACAAGAAGGCUGAAAUGACAGUAAGUAUGGGUGAAACUCGUAUUAUUUCUAGUGCUGUUCUUUCAGCCAGAGAUGAAGACUCACCCAGAGAGAAGAUUUAUUAUAUAUUUGAAAGGCUUCCCCAAAAUGGGCAACUUCAGCUUAAGAUAGGGAGGGAGUGGGCUCCUCUCCACCCUGGCAUGAAGUGCACUCAGGAGGAGGUGGAUUUGAACUUGCUGAGAUAUGCUCACACUGGCCCCAUGGAUUCCCAGAACCAAGACAGCUUCACCUUCUACCUCUGGGAUGGCACCAACAGGUCACCUGCAUUUGACUGCCACAUUACCAUCAGGAAUAUGGAAAAAGGUGACAUUGUCAUCCUUGCAAAACCACUUGUGGUAUCUAAAGGCAACAGAGGAUUCUUGACAACUGCUACUCUUCUUGCUGUGGAUGGAACAGACAAGCCUGAAGAAUUGCUCUAUGUCAUCACCUCCUCCCCACGAUAUGGUCAGGUUGAAUAUGUCCGCUAUCCUGGAGUUCCCAUCACAAGCUUCAGCCAAAUGGACAUAGCAGGGCAGACAGUGUGCUAUGUACAUAAGGGCAAGGCAGCUGUCCCCAGUGACACAUUCAGAUUCAUCAUCAGCAAUGGACUGCAGACCAAGCACGGGGUAUUUGAGAUCACAGUGGAGACUGUGGACAGAGCCUUACCUGUGGUGACCAGGAACAAGGGGCUGAGAGUAGCCGAAGGGGCCAUGGGCCUGCUUUCCUCUGACCUCCUUCAGCUGACAGAUCCUGACACAGCAGCAGAAAACCUCACCUUCCUUGUGGCUCAGCUCCCCCAGUAUGGCCAACUCUACCUGAGGGGGACAAUACUGCUUCAACACAACUUUACUCAACAAGAUGUGGACAGCAAGAAUGUGGCCUAUAGCCACUUGGGAGGGGACUCCCAGGUUGACCACUUCACUUUUGUGGCCACAGACAGGACAAACCAAGGCUUUAUUGUGGAUGGGAGAGUGUGGCAAGACCCUGUUUCAUUCACCAUCCAGGUGGACCAGCAGGACAAAACACCCCCUCACAUCACGCACUUGCACCCCCCUUCUCAAGUGGUGCUCCUGAAAAAUGGCUGUUAUGGGAUUUAUAUUUCUUCCCGGGUGUUGAAGGCAUCGGAUCCUGACACUGAUGAUGAUCAUAUCAUCUUUAAGAUUUUACAAGCACCCCAACAUGGACAUCUGGAGAACACAACCACAGGUGAAGUUAUCCACAAGAAAUUUAGUCAGAAGGACUUAAACAGUAAGACCAUUCUCUACAUCAUAAACCCAUCUUUGGAAGUAAAUUCAGAUAUCAUGGAAUUUCAAAUCAUGGACCCAACAGGGAACUCUGCAACACCUCAACUUUUGGAAUUGAAGUGGUCUCAUAUUGAAUGGUCACAGACUGAAUAUGAGGUUUGUGAAAAUGUGGGGGUGUUGCCUUUGGAAAUUACCAGAAAAGGAUAUUCCAUGGACUCAGCUUUUGUGAGUGUGAAGGUCAACCAAGUGUCAGCUGCAGUUGGAAAAGAUUUUACACUGACUCCAUCUAAACUGGUCCAGUUUGACCCAGGAAUGUCAACUAAGAUGUGGAAUAUAGCAAUUACCUAUGACGGAUUAGAGGAAGAUGAUGAGGUCUUUGAAGUAAUUCUGAACUCCCCUGUGAAUGCGGUUCUUGGCACAAAGACAAAAGCUGCAGUGAAAAUUUUGGACUCAAAAGGAGGACAGUGCCAUCCUUCAUAUUCAUUCAGCCCAAACAAGCACAAGAAGGACAUUUGGCACCCGCUGUCCCCAGGGUCUUCUUCACCCACCACUUCUGGUUCCUUUCAUCUGCAAAGAAGACCCCUUCCUCCUUCCAAGCAGCUAGCUGUUAUCAAGGGAGAUGCCCUUCAGGGCUUUGAGUCCGCAGAUCUUUCUGGAAAGAGGCUUAGGACCCAAGGGAAUGGCGAAACAGUUCAUCCAUCCUCUGUUUACAGAAAUGGAACAGACAUCAUUUAUAAUUAUCAUGGAAUGGUGUCCCUGAAACUGGAAGAUGACAUUUCCCUAACUCGCAAAAGGAAGGCCAAAGUAUCCAUUAUUAGUCAGCCACAAAGGACAUUCAAAGUGGCAGAACUGCCUCAAGCAGAUAAGAUGGAAUCCACAACUGAUUCACACUUCCCCAGACAGGACUGGUUGCCAUCAUUUCCAAAGAACUGCACACUAGAACUCAAGGGACUCUUCCAUUUUGAAGAAAGCUUCCAAAAGCUGUAUCAGUGCAACGGGAUUGUGUGGAAAGCUUGGAGUCCCCAAACCAAGGAGGUGGAAGACAAAUCCUGCCCAGCUGGGUGGCACCAUCAUUCUGGAUACUGCCACACCUUGAUCACAGAGCAGAAAGGCACCUGGGACAUAGCUGCCCGAGCUUGCAGGGAAAAUCACCUGGGCAGCCUUGUGACAGUCCUCUCCAGGCGGCAUAUGCGAUGGCUCUGGGACAUUAGUGGAAGGAAGCCUUUUUGGAUAGGUUUGAAUGACCAAGUGCAUGCUGGCCUCUGGCAAUGGAUUGGUGGUGAACCUGUCACCUUCACCAACUGGAGGAGAGGGCCCCCUCAACGGUCAAAGCCUGGCAAGAACUGUGUUUUGGUUCAAAGACAAGGAAAAUGGCAAACCAAGAACUGUAGAAAGGGCAAACCUCAUAAUUACAUAUGCUCCAGGAAACUCUAAAUAGAGCUGGGUGCCCACUUGGGAUUUCUCACCUAUUUAUUUACAGGAUUUGUGCAUAUUGCUCAAUAGAAAGCAAGGUGUCAUGCCUGACUUGGUACUUUUUUUUUUUAAAUCAUAGUGUAUGAAUGAUUCUACCUAGAAAAAAAAGGAACAUAGAUGAAUAGUUCCAAGAAGAUUGGUAAAUGAAUAUAUCUUCUAGAAAGAUAAAAGCUUUGUAUCUCAAAACAUUUCAAAAUAAAUUUCUGAAGUAUUAAAAGGUACAAGAUUUAUUUCAGAAGAACCCACCCUGAUUCCACUCCAUCUCUUUCAGCACCAAUUUCAUGGUCCUUGGAUUAUUUUUUCCACCAUAAUGCCUCUAGUGAGUUCAUUCUGAAGUCUGUAUUGCAGGUGCUGCUACUACUUCAGUCUGAGUGAAAAUAACCCCACCAGUUCAUUAAAUGCAAAGGAUUGUUCUGUCCCUUUGGAGACCCUUUAAAUGUGAAACCUGGGAUAGGAAACUUAUGGAUAAAAAGGAGAAUUCUCUGUGGUGAAAAUGCAGGUUUAGAUGGAAGAUGUUGCAGAUGGGAGCUCAUUUUCAAAACUCUAAUUCAAUAUAAGAAUUCAGGGGCUAUUUGAUUUCAGGGGUCUGCCCAUUGCCAUUCAUAAACUAGAUCUUUUCUGUUAAGAAUGCUGGCACUGUUCCUUUCAGAAGCUAAGGAUGGACUUGCCCUGGUCUUCAGAUUCAUGAGAAAUUUGAAAUAAUAUGAAAUUCUCUAUCUAUACUUCUAAUACUGACUAGCAUUUCUCAAGGACAUUUGAAAUACAGUCUCUAUGUGAAUGAUGGUUAAUAUGUAGAAGAAACACACUGUUUCUUAGAAGUAACCAAAUGAGGUAUGUUGAUAAGCAAAGAAAAACUAUGCAUAUAAAGGAACCCUGGAAUGUCUAUAUUCUCAGAAAGGAUUUUGAUAUGAUUUUUUACCCUGAAUCUUUCAUAUUUGUAGAAAUACCAUGUUAACUUUAUUCUUUAAUGUAACUGUGUUGUGGUCAUCUAUGUUCUCAGCUGAGUUAAACAUUUUUAUAGCUGUGAUGCUUGUUGCCAUCUUCCAAGAACUCCCCUCUGAAAUCAAGGUUUAACUGCAGGUAAUUAGAAAUGUAUUUCUGAAACAUUCACUCAGAAUUAUCCUGUUUUUCAUGAACACUGAAAAAUAUGGUUGUGCCAGAUGUAACUUGCUGUAUGAGACCAGUGUAGCUUCAGAAUCAAAACAGGGUUUUCAAGUCGACUCUCUCUUUGGUGCAGGUUUCAUUAUAAUGAUAUCUUGAAUGAAACUAAAAAAGGCUGAAGAAAUUUGGGUCAGUUUCUGGGUAGACAGCAUAGUUUCAUUUCUAUUCAUCUGUCAAGGUUUUGAUUAGUGGAAAAUUUACAGUGAGAGAAUAGAACAAGACUUCAACAUUCUAUCUCUUAUUUAAAUGUAAACAUCAUUGUGGAGUCAGGAAGCUCCUUACUUGGAUGUCACAGGUAGUCUCCUGUAGGGUGUAUAAUGAAAGACACACAACCUGACUCCACACCAGCCCCAGUCCCUUCUGACCCACUGGCAAUGCAAUGGGGAAAGUGGAAUGCCAGAGAAAGAAAAAAAGUUGUUUGCCUAAAGGGUUAAACCCUAGGAGGGAAAGUAAAACUUUAAGGAAUGAAGAAUUUGAGGGCAGGGCCAUUCCUUUCCACUAGAACUCUAGAACCAUAUUAACUUAUAAAAUGGAAAUCCAGAGCCGAGGCUACUCUGUAGAACCCAGUUGGUCAGCAUGGUAGGUACUAUUAGACAUUUCUGCAAUGACAAUGAUAUUUAAGUGUAAUUGCAAAUGUUUUCCCAAAGAGAAUGCUUUGACUUUUUAUAGUAACUAGAAAUGCUUGAAGCAUAUUUUUAAAUAUUCCAGAUUGUGAAAUCAUGAAUCAUGUUGUUAAAUCCAAGUCGUUGAAAGAAGAUACAAAUAAAAAGUAAGGCAAGUUUUGGGUGGUUGGCAGUAUUCACCAUUACCUUCCUUUGUUCGUCAUGAUCUUUCACUUGGGGAGAAGUAAAUGAUUGUCAUGGUGCUCUCUAUCUUAACUGGUCACCGCCACACUUCAGGUUCUGUUAGGAACAGCAAGAAGCAGACUAAUGGUAGAAUGGGGAUUAAGUGAGGAAAUGGAGAAAGGAGAGAAAGUUUGAGUAGGAAGAGAUGGGGGCUAAUGGCAGCUAGAAAGAAAAGCAUCAGAGAGAAGGCCCUGAAUACUACCUAGUUAUUCCCCGAGUUGAUUAUUGGCUCAGGAAAAGGCCUACUUUAUCCAAAGGCAUCAACCCAGUUGAAUAGUGUGUAGCAUUUCAGAAUUUUCUCAUUUUUGGUCUAUAACAAACACACAGCUUAUAUUUGCUAAACAUUAACUUAAAAAGCAUAUGAUAAUUAUUCCAUCUCCUUCCAACGACCAGGUGACAUCUAUUUAAAUUUCUGUUUUUAUUUUUAAUAUAGUCAAAAGAACAUGCACAUAUUCUCAUUAACAAUAUGGUUCUGUAUGACUUAAACUUCAAACUGGUGCUGAUUAAUUUUUGCAAUAAAGCAGCAUAUUAAAUGUACUGUAUCUAGUGUUGUAUCAAAAUUAAUAAAAUAAGCUUAUUUUGAGU